AUGGCAAGCUCAAGCUCAAGCUCUAAUUCACAUGUCGUUCUCCAAGUUGGAGCAGAAUACCCAUACCCAUACCCAUCAAAUCUAUCUGCAACAAGCUUUACCACUGUGAAGCUGAGUGGUAGGGAUGAGUAUCGUAUGUGGAAAACACAGAUAAUAUGUCUCUUAGAGAGUCGUGGUAUGCUUGGUUUCAUUGAUGGUACAUUCGUGCGCCCUGAAGCCAGUAGUAGUAGUAGUGUUUCAGGGAAGGAGAAAGUGGAUGAACUUGAAACUCAUCACAGGCUGUGGAGAAGAUCAGAUCCCCUUGUGAAGGGGUGGAUUCUUGGUUCACUCUCUAAACCGACACUAGGGUAUGUUUUAGAUCAUCUCCAUCAACAGAGAAAUGCAACUGAUUUUAGUGCAAAAGAUGCAUGGGAUGAGCUCCAUAAUAUGUAUGCUCCUGUUGUUUUUCUACCUGACCUGCUAGUAGUUGAAGAUAAAUCACAAGAUAAAAACAGAACAGACGAUCUCCAAAUGUUAUACAAAGAUACUCAAGAAGGAUUUUGGUAUGGGAUCGAAAGCGCAUUGGAUUUUGGAAGUGUUACAGUGACAGACAAAAUCACCAAUAAUAGCAACACUGCGCUCCAUGUAGCAGUCGGUACUUCAAAGAAGUCGGGAUUCCUAGAGAAGUUGUUGGAAAAGAUACCGGAGAACACACAACUCAUGGAUCUAAGAAAUUCAGAUGGAAGCACACCACUUCAUGUUGCUGCUAUUAUUGGCAACACUGAAGCUGCUGACAUUUUGGUGGCAAGAAACCCAGAGUUGUUGUCAGCCAAAGACAACGAGGGUCAGACCCCACUAGCCUUGGCUCUUUCUAAUAUGCAUAAAGAAACAGCCCGACAUCUGCUGCAACACAUCGAUACUGAUGAUGAUAUACAGAAGGAUGCUCUGUUUUCUGGCACAACCGGGGUUGGCCUUCUAGUUACUCUUAUUUCUUCUAAAGAUUUUGGCUUUGCAGGAGAUCUGUUGGUGCAUUACAAAACAUUGCAUACUGAUGCUGUGCUAAUGGCUAUAGCUCAAAAUUUACCAAGAGAAAUCAACGAUUUUAUACAUGAUAUAGUGGUGACUGAUGAAUUACUUGAGAGGGUACAAGACUUUGUUGAACCCGUUUUAGAUAAUAUUGCUAAUGGAAGAUGGGUUUUCUGGUUGAUCCUCCCAAUCAUUUUUGCGACUUACUUCAUCCUGACUUACUUCAUCCUUGCCCUUUUCGUGAAAAUUCUUGAGAUGUUAGUGUCUCCAUUCAUUAAAGAGAGACUUCGAAUUCAUGACGAUGCUAUGGAACUGUUGCAGAAUGUAUCUUGGUUGAUAAAGAGAGAAAACCACCCCACCUCCUACCAUCACUUUUACAGAUAUCCAAUUCUUGAAGCUACUAGACAAAACGCCUACGAGUUUGUAGAAAAAAUUGUUUUGCACUUCCCUGAUGCAAUUUUGAGUGCCAAUGAAGAUGGUCACAACAUUAUUCAGUAUGCUGUGAUAAAUCGCUCGGAAAAGGUUUACAACCUGCUUUAUCAAAUGAGCGAACAUAGGAAUAUAUAUCGAACAAUUAAAGACUCUUCCGGGAAUAACCUCUUGCACUUGGCUGCAAGAUUGGCACCUUCCAUAAAAUUUAAUCUUAUCUCAGGGGCAGCUUUACAGAUACAACGAGAACUUCAAUGGUUUAAGGAAGUUGAAGGAUUUGUGUCUCCUUUGAGCAUCAUACAAAAGAACUCUUACAAUGAAACACCACAAAUGUUAUUUACUAGAGAACACAAGGACCUUGUCAUUGAGGGAGAAAAAUGGAUGAAGUCCACUGCGGAGUCCUACACGAUUACAGCUGCUCUAAUCAUCACCAUUGUGUUUGCAGCAGCUAUUACAGUGCCCGGAGGAAGCGAUCAGAACAAGGGGAUACCAAUUUUUACCAAUCACACCGCUUUCACAGUAUUUGCAAUAUCAGAUGCCAUAUCAUUAUUCGCAUCUGUUACUUCAUUGUUAAUGUUUUUGUCAAUUCUCACUGCACGUUUCGCUGAACAAGACUUUCUCUUGAAGUUACCUACAAAGUUGGUAAUUGGUUUGGCCACCUUGUUCAUCUCAACAACAGCCAUGAUAGUAGCUUUUGCUGCAACUUUAUACCUUGUAUUUGGCCAAAGCAACUCACGGAUUCUUAUUCCUAUAGCUGUGUUGACAUGCCUACCAAUUACUUCUUUUGUAACCCUGCAGCUCCCUCUUGUCAUAGAGCUGAUGAGUGCCACAUAUGGGCGUAGUAUUUUUGGUAAGAACAGAAGUUACAGUUGUAUGUUGAUUUGA